UGUGAUAACGGUACGCGAUAUUUGCGACGAGAGUUGUUUCUCCAACGCGCCGUAGUAGUUGUAGUAGUUACCUAGUUGGAAUCGAAAUUUAAAACCGAAACGUGCAGCAGGUACUUACGUAUUUCGUCGGUUUUCGUCGUCGUCGUGUUUUGCUGUCCAGUUUCGGUUGAUAUCCAUAUCCGUCUGCUGUUGGUCUAUUGUUUUUUUCCUGGUCGCUGUAACACCGUCCAGUUUGGCAAUCAAGUCUACUAACUAAGCAACGAGUUUUUCCAUGAUUAUGAGAAUGAAAGCUUAAUGGUAUUAUCCAUCUUAUAAUAAGAUUAAAACAAUGGGAAAACAAAACAGCAAGUUAAAGCCUGAGGUUUUGGAAGACCUUAGACAAAAUACUGAAUUUUCUGAUGCUGAGAUCCAAGAAUGGUAUAAAGGUUUUUUAAAGGAUUGUCCAGGUGGUCAUUUGAGUGUUGAAGAGUUUAAGAAAAUUUAUGGAAAUUUCUUUCCCUAUGGUGACGCAUCUAAAUUUGCAGAACAUGUAUUUCGAACAUUUGAUGCCAACAGUGAUGGAACAAUAGAUUUCAGAGAAUUCCUUUGUGCUCUGUCAGUCACAUCACGUGGAAAGUUGGAACAGAAACUGAAAUGGGCCUUCAGCAUGUACGACCUGGAUGGCAACGGAUUCAUUUCACGACAAGAGAUGCUGGAAAUUGUUACGGCCAUUUAUAAGAUGGUAGGCACCGUAAUGAAGAUGCCUGAGGAUGAAUCGACGCCAGAGAAGAGGACAGAUAAGAUAUUUAGGCAGAUGGAUAAAAACAAUGAUGGCCGUCUAUCAUUGGAAGAGUUUAUUGAAGGUGCCAAAAGUGAUCCAUCUAUCGUUCGACUGUUGCAGUGUAAUCAUGCCGUCCAGUAGGGAUUUACAAUAAGCAUUACACUAAAUUUACCUGCCUUUUAACUAAAGUCACAUAAUGUUUGGACUUCUCUUUUUUUUGUCUUUAACUUUCGUUAAUUUUAAAUUCCUAAUGGAUUUUAUCUACCAAAAAGCUUCAAUCAAACAUCAAUACGUGUGCUCUAAUUUUUAAUGCUUAUGAAGUUUGACAAAGUAUAAUAUACAUUUAUUCCCUGAUUUAUUCAUUUAUUAAAAUCUGCAAAUUGCAUAGUAUUUCAAUCAAUAAUAAAUAAUAAUACAUCACAAAUGCAUGUGGAAUUAAGAAACACGUGUUGAUGAUUUAUAAUAAAACAAAUUUAUUGUUUUUACUGUGAUAUAUUCUUAAAUUUUUUUUCAAUUUUGAUCUUCUUUAUCAAUACAAUGUAUUAUUAUUAUUAUUAUUAUUAUUAUUGUAUUCGUCGGGCAAGAAUAUUUUAUUAUCCUAUUAAAAUUUUUUGUUCUCAUAAUAUUAAUAAUAUUUAAUUGUAAUUUGUGCUUGUAUUAUUUAAAUCUAGAGAUGUGUGAUAAUUUUAAAACUAAAUCCCAAAAUUUACAUUUAAUCUAUAUAGCUGCAUAGAAGCUUAUAUUUAUAUUCCUAAUAUUUUUUAUUUGUAUUAAUCAAACUAUUUAAGUAUGGUCUAUGUCUCAUAUGAGACAUAAAGAAAAGAAUAAUACAAAAAAAAUUUAAAGUCACACAUCUCUUCAUUUAUUUAUUUACAACCAUCACUUUACGACCACGGUGGUAUUUUGAUUUAAUAAUGUAUAAUUAUUGUUAACUAUUCCAGAAAAUAACAAAACUCAUAAAACCAACAAAUAUUUUUGUAGGGUUCCUAUAUCUAGUCUUUGUUUACUGUUCUAAUAUUAUCAUAGUAAAUACUGAUGAGUCACCUAUAAUCUAUUUAAUAAUAAUAAUAAAAAUUUUUUACCUUUUUCUUAAAGGUUUGCCAAAUUUUUUUCACUAAAAAUAAAAAUAUAAUAUAUUAACUUAUUGUUAUUUAAGAUUUAAUAGUUUAACUUGUAAUAUUGUAAAAAAAAAACCCCAGUAAGAGGAUUGUGUUAUUGUUUGAGUUGUUAUUCGUUUCAAAAGUAUAUUUUUUUAACUUGGCUUAUGACCGACUCCUAGAAAUGUGCCGUUGUAUAUAUACGUGCUCAACUCUAUUUCCACAUCCUCAGUACUAUUCAUGUUUAAUAGUAACCUAUAUGUAACACUUAAAAACCCUUCCAUUACUUUGUUAAUUCUAAAACGCAACCAGACAUAUACAUAUAUCAGUAUAUGAUUUAAAUUAAUAAUUACAUAAUUAGAAUAUAUUUUGUAUAAUUUUUCUAAAAUACUGGUUUAUGGUUCUGGUCUAUUUAUACAUAUUAUAUACUAAUCUUAAUAUGGUAGCUUAUAUUUGUUACAAUUUUGUUCAACUGUAUAAUUUUGUACUGAAUAAUAUGUUAUAUUUGCAUGAAUAGGUUUUAGUCUUUAAAUUAAAACAUGUAUACCAAAAAUAUUAUUAUUUUGCGCCUCCAUAAGUAAAAACAAAAAAAAAAUACAGAGAAUAAUCUGACAUAAUAUGUACAUAUGCAUCUUUUCACCUAAUAUAAUAUUAUGUCAAACAUUAAAAUUUUACAUAUUUGCUCAAGUGUCAGUUAUAUGUCAAAAUGUCCUCUUUAUACCUCUUACUCUUCCAUAUACUCCUACUUGUUUUCUUGCCAAAAAUUGUGCAUUUUAUUUUUCAAAUUAUAUAUAUAUAUAGAUUUGGACAAAUACCAUAUAAUAAAGAACGUUUGGAAAAUUCUAUAACUUUUAAUUUUCUAGACAUCCAGAUUGUAUACAUAAAUGCAGCAUAGAUCAGAUAUUGUAGUACAAAUCUUACAAACAUUAUGUUUUAGGGUUAUACCUAUAAUAUAUAUAUUUUUUUCUUGUAAUAUUAUCUAUCAUAUUAUAUAUUAUAUUAUAUUAUAUUAUUUAUAUCAUAUAUUAUAUUAAUAUUAUUCACUAUGUAAAAGAAACAAACAAUAAAAAUAAUGUUAAAAUUAUA